CAUCGCUGUCUUCAUUCCUGUACUUCAUGUAUGUGUGGAGGAGGAGCUUGCAUCCUGAUGUUGCCAGCAUCGCUGCUGUCGUUGGUUCUUCACUCGCUCCUGGUAUAUCUCCCUCUCCACACGUGCAGACUACCAGCAGUUGUCAACCUCUCCUCGUCUCAGACGCUGCUUUCCUCGGGACAUCCUGCCACUAACAGCAUUCUCACAAAGACCAUCUCCGGGUUGGACAUACAGGUGCUUUGGACUACUGGUACUUUCACAAGGGUUAUCUUGACCAUCGACAUCCAUCAUCCCUUUAUUUAGUAUUGUUUGGAAGUGCUUUACUCACCAUCUUCACUGAUUUGGUCCACUACAGGCUGUCUUCUGUAUCUCCUCAUCACCUCCCAGAAGGCCUUUGGUGGAUACAAAUGAUGCGAUUCUUCUUAUUUCUCCUUUUGGUGUCUCCUUGUCUCCUGACGAAGAAGACAGGAAGUACAAAUUCUAGAUGCCAAGGCGAAGCCUGCGAUGUAAGGACCUGGCACAAUGUAAACUGCACGACAGACGACGACUGCAACCAGACCCACGCCGCGUGCUAUCAACAUCUGUGUCGGUGUGAAGCUGGCUACUUCUACACAACACCUUACGAUAUUUGCUCUGGCACUUGCAGACCAGACGAGUUGCAGGACAGCUUUACAGAGUAUCCUGACAGCGCUCUACUACGACACUACCUUGAACGCCGGGAUGGACUCAGUCUGGAAGACUGCAAGGACAGGUGCCAGGAUGACAAGCGUUGCCUCACCUUUGAUUUCAGAGUCCAUGGAGGUCUGUGUCGGCUUCAUAAUGUCACCGCUCAUGAGUCUCCCUCACACUGGUAUCCUAAGACGAGUACAGGCUGGACCCACUACCAGAGAUCCUGCAACUCCACUUUGGCCACACACCAUACCUGGUACAACUUACUGUGUAACACAAAUGUGGAUUGUCCAGACCCACACAGCGAUUGUUUGUCACACAGAUGCCUGUGUGGUUCGAGCUUCAAGUUCAAUGAAACCGAGAAGGAGUGUGUUGUUACAACGCUGAGCAAGUGGCACAAUAAAAGCUGCACGACAGACGACGACUGCAACCAGCCCCACGCCGCGUGCUAUCAACACCUGUGUCGGUGUGAAGCUGGCUACUUCUACACCACACCUUACGAUAUUUGCUCUGGCACUUGCAGAGCAGGCGAGUUGCAGGACAGCUUUACAGAGUAUCCUGACAGCGCUCUACUACGACACUACCUUGAACGCCGGGAUGGACUCAGUCUGGAAGACUGCAAGGACAGGUGCCAGGAUGACAAGCGUUGCCUCACCUUCGAUUUCAGAGCCCAUGGAGGUCUGUGUCGGCUUCAUAAUGUCACCGCUCGCGAGUCUCCCUCACACUGGUAUCCUAAGACGAGUGAAGGCUGGACCCACUACCAGAGAUCCUGCAACUCCACUUUGGCCACACACCAUACCUGGUACAACUUAGUGUGUAACACGACACUGGACUGUCCUCACCCACGCAGCGAUUGUGUGUCAGGACGAUGUUUAUGUCGUUCAGGCUUCAAGUUCAAUGAAACUGAGAAGAAGUGUGUUGUUAAGAGGACAUGUGCAGACUGGAAUGACAAAGGAGCAAAGAGUGGUAUUUACACCAUUGUGCAACACAAACACAACAUGCCUCGGACAGUGUGGUGUGAUAUGGACACUGCGGGCGGCGGCUGGCUGGUGUUCCAGAGACGUAGGGACUUCACAGUUGACUUCAACCGGAGCUUUACAGAAUAUGAAAACGGUUUUGGUGAUCUCUCUGGAGAUUUCUGGCUGGGCCUGUUCACUCUUGAGGCAGUGCUAGCUUAUGAACCUAUGCGCUUGAGAGUGGACAUCAUAGAUGAGAGUGGACAGAGUCACUACGCUGAGUAUCGGUUCAGCAUGUGGGGUCCUUGGUUUAACUACGAACUUCGCGUGUUCGACUACACGGGUGACGCAGGAGAUGUGUUGCUACCUAGUGACGGUAAAGUGUUUUCAACCUAUGACCGAGACCCGACCGGCUGUGUCAGGACACGUCACAGCGCCUGGUGGUACCCGGAUGACUGUGGCAGCACUUACCUCAACAGCCCUGAUGCAUACGGCAAUGCUUGGGGUGACUUCAGCAACCUGCAGUUCUCGGAGAUGAAGCUGAAGCCAUAAGACUGAACAUCUAUAUAUACACCGCCACCCUUGUGAUCUCACAGAUGAAGACGAAGCCAGACUAACACCAUCUUGUCUCCUGUACCCACUGCUUACACCGCCAGUCGACUGUUCACUGUUCACUACAGGUUCCACUGAUGAUGUGAGCUCAGUGUACAUUAAUCUUUCUCAAUAGUCUAGCAUCUGACCCUAGUACAGACUACUGUACUUUAAUUGUUUCUUUGAGUAUAUUGCCUGGUGAUACUAUUAUACACGUGUUGUAUUAUUUCUUUCACAUUUGGGUUUGGUUGGAUAAACUAACAUGUUUACAAACGUAAAGUCUAAGUUUAAUUAAUUAAUUCAGCAUUUAAUUGUGCCUAGGUUGUAGUACACGUGUCAUGAACUAUAUAUUAGCUAUACACCUAAUAGUUUAUAGUAAAUGUGUCAUGAACUAUAUAUUAGCUAUACACCUAAUAGUUUAUAGUAAAUGUGUCAUGAACUGUAUAUUAGCUAUACACCUAAUAGUUAAUGGAAUGUUGCCAGUUGACACAGGGUAUUACUCGGUAUUAUUUCCCAUUUAAACUAAUGAUAAGGGUAGUUGAUACAUCACAUCUCUUACUUAACUGUAUAAACAAAUAAACUAUUUUAAUAUUUGUUCUACACUGAAGAGCUAGCAAGGCGCUAGUAAAGUUGCGACACACACCUGACGACACCUGUGUAGAACUUGUAGACUAUUGUGGCUGUAGUAGCUACCGUAGACUAGUGUGUGUGUGUGGCUGUAGUAGCUACCGUAGACUAGUGUGUGGCUGUAGUAGGU